GUGGACGUUCGUUCAUCAUGGACAACAAAGUCGAAAUAUGCGUGCAGGAGGGAAAGUUAAUUGGAGUUGUAGAAAAAGGUGUUUACGGCGACAAGUACAUCGCCUUUCGAGGAAUACCUUAUGCGAAACCGCCGAUUGGAGAACUCAGAUUCAAAGAUCCGGUACCAGCGGAACCAUGGUCUGGUAAUAGAGAUGCCUCGAAGCACGGAAAUGUCUCCGUUCAAAUGAAUCUUUUCACACGCGAAAUCGAGGGCGACGAAGAUUGCCUCUAUUUAAAUGUGUACACCACGAAAAUCGAACCUUCGAAGAAGCGUGCGGUAAUGGUAUAUCUACACGGCGGUGGUUUCUAUCUGGGUUCCGGUGAUGCACUCUUCUACGGUCCCGAUUACAUCGUACGGAAAGAUGUAGUUCUGAUUACCCUGAAUUAUAGACUAGGCGUUCUAGGUUUCCUGAAUCUUUACGAUAAAGUAGCGACGGGUAAUCAAGGUCUGAAGGAUGUGAUCAUGGCGUUACGAUGGAUCCAGAAAAAUAUAUCAGAGUUCGGAGGAGACCCUGAAAAUGUCACUAUCUUUGGCGAAAGUGUUGGUGGAGCCAUCGUACAUUAUUUAACUCUGUCUCCUUUAGCAAAAGGUUUAUUUCAUAAAGCCAUUUUGCAAAGUGGAGUUGUAAGGUGUCCCUGGGCCUUUACUGAAAGAGAACCACAUUUGAACAAAGCUUUUUUACUUGCCGAGAAAUUCGGAAAAGUGACCGCAGAUCCAAAAGUCGCUUACGAGUUUCUUAAAACAAUCGAUGCCAAAAAGCUUAUAGAGACCGAACAAAAGUCCCUCUUGACAGAAACAGAGCGUCAACAGCAUAGCUUGAUAUUUACGCCUAGUGUGGAUCACGAAUCAGCGAAUCCAUUUUUCCCGGAAGAUCCAGAAACGUUCAUGUGCCGCGAAGCUAAAGUACCAUUACUUUUGGGUUUUACUAGUCGCGAGGGAUCAUUCAUUAUAUGCAGUAACUUUAACGGACAUAUAAAUAAAGAGGAGCUUAAAAAAAUCGAUUCCGAUUUCAAGAGUGUCAUAUUGCCCAGGACUUUAUCGACUUUGCCAAUUACAGUCGAAGAAUUACGCUCUUUAUAUUUUGGUGACAAAGCAGUGUCAGAGGAAACUCUGAUAAAUUACGUUGAUUUUGUUAGCGAU